AUGGCAAUGUUCAAGCAAGCACUUAAGGACUACUUUGUCUAUGAGGGUAAAGAGCUGAUGUAUUUGAAGAAUGAGUCGAAGAGAAUUAGAGCAGGUGUGCUGAAGAGGACAUUCAUUGGAGAGCACAACUAUGACAAGAAUUUGAGCAGUAACAUGGCUAAUAGAGCUUGGGCAACAAGUAAAUUGGUGAAAAGGUUGCUAGCUCAACCUCUAAUGACUCCCAAAGAGGCACUCGAUCACAUGAAACAAGACUAUAAUGUCCAUAUACAUUACAUGAUGAUUUACAGAGCUUUAAAAGCUGCUAGAGAGCAAACAAUUGGAAAGGAGCGAGAACAAUAUGGAAAGCUCUAUUACUACCUAAAUGAAAUUCACAGAAGCAAUCCAGGUUCCACUGGGAUGACUGACGUAACUCCUCAACCAGAGGGUCGUCCACUGUUCAAUAGGUUGUACAUUUUCCUGGAUGCUUGCAAGAAGGGCUUCAAGGCUGGCUGUACUCUGAUCGAAUUGGAUGGAUGCUUCCUAAAAGGGUACUUCGGUGGUCAUCUUUUGUCGGCUGUGAGGCAGGAUGCCAAUAACAGUUUCUUUGUAAUAGCAUUUGCUAUAGUUGGAGCUGAGAACACUGAUUCCUGA